CCGCGUAUCGUCGCACAGCUGAACCUCCUCCGGAGAAGGUCUGUCUGUAGUUGCCGGUUAGCGUCAUGUCGGGCGUUGUGGAUACUAAAUUGUACGACAUCCUCGGAGUUUCGCCGUCUGCGUCUGAAAAUGAACUUAAAAAGGCCUACCGCAAAUUGGCCAAAGAGUACCACCCUGACAAGAACCCUGAAGCUGGAGACAAGUUUAAAGAGAUAAGUUUUGCAUAUGAGGUAUUGACAAACCCAGAAAAAAAGGAGCUUUAUGACCGCUAUGGAGAGCAAGGCCUACGGGAGGGAGGAGGAGGAGGACCUGGCAUGGAGGAUAUCUUCUCUCACAUUUUUGGUGGAGGACUGUUUGGGUUCAUGGGGGGACAAGGAAGAGGACGCAAUGGAGGCAGGAGGAGAGGAGAUGAUAUGGUACACCCGCUGAAGGUUUCUCUUGAAGACUUGUACAAUGGUAAAACCACAAAACUGCAGCUCAGUAAGAAUGUGCUGUGUAGUGCCUGUAAUGGUCAGGGUGGUAAGGCAGGAGCUGUGCAGAAGUGUGUAGCAUGCAGAGGACGGGGCAUGAGAAUCAUGAUUAGACAGCUGGCUCCAGGAAUGGUUCAGCAGAUGCAGUCAGUCUGCACAGACUGCAAUGGGGAGGGUGAAGUGAUAAAUGAAAAGGACCGCUGCAGAAAGUGUGAGGGUCAUAAAGUCUGUAAGGAGACUAAGGUUCUUGAAGUUCACGUGGACAAAGGCAUGAGACAUGGACAGAAGAUCACAUUCACUGGAGAAGCUGACCAAGCACCAGGCAUGGAACCAGGAGAUAUAGUUCUGGUGCUGCAAGAGAAAGAACAUGAGGAUUUCCGCCGUGAUGGCAGCGAUCUUCACAUGGUUCAUCGUAUCGGCCUGGUUGAGGCUCUGUGCGGCUUCCAGUUCACAGUCACACACCUCGACGGACGUCAGUUGCUUGUUAAAUAUCCACCUGGAAAGGUCAUUGAGCCAGGCUGCAUUCGAGUGGUGAAAGGAGAGGGGAUGCCUCAGUACAGAAAUCCAUUUGAGAAGGGAGAUCUUUACAUUAAGUUUGAGGUCCAGUUCCCCGAAAACAACUGGAUUAACCCUGAAAAGCUGAAUGAACUCGAGUGCUUGCUGCCUGCCCGUGCCGAGACUCCCGUUAUUGCAGCAGAUGCUGAGGAAGUUGACCUAACAGAUUUUGACAGAAGUCAAGGUUCAGGAAGCGGAGCCAGGAGAGAGGCCUACAAUGAUAGUUCUGAUGAGGAAGGGGGUCAUCAUGGCCCAGGAGUGCAGUGCGCACACCAAUAGAAAGACUACAGACUUGCACACACAUAGAAGCAUAAAAACACAAAAGUCCCAUUGCUAACACCAUUCAAGAUUUGCGACUCAUACAUUUUCCUCCUGUCAAGACUCACAUGAAAAAGAGAUUAAUUAAUAUAUAUGUAUGUGUGUGUGUGUAUAUAUAUAUAUAUAUAUAUAUAUAUAUAUAUAUAUAUAUAUAUAUAAAUACACACACACACAAAAUUACCCCCCUUCGUUCAGCUCCAUGGUGCCCAUAAGACAGAGUGAUCCUGGAUGUGUUAUGAUCAUUUUAUGUUUAUGAACAGUAGUACUCUUCAAAGCCAGCAGCAGGAAGGUGGCCCCAUUUUCAGAAGUUUAUUGAAUGAACAUGAUUUAGAUCCCUUCGUUUUCAUCCUAAAUGUUUAGACUCGUCUUUCCCAUAAUGAAAGGUAAUGUAUAAAAUUAAAUUUUUGUUGACUGUCUUGUAAAAUAUAUAGUUUAAAAUCUUUUACACACAAGCGCAUGCUGCAGUUUGCUAAAGAGCUUGCCCUUGUAAAACUAGGGUCCAGACAUUACAUAAACAUAUACAUUUCAAUUUCAGUGUUUCACCACUAUUAAAGUGCUCUGCUCCCAUCAGCGCUAACCUGAUUAUACUUUAAAAGGAGACUUGUCAUAUUUUGAAAAUGGGAUUUGCUGGUUCUGUUCAGUUCCUAGCUGCCACACACACAUAUUAAAGGCCUGACUAAAGUACCUGCCUGCCAGGGACAUUUGUUUUUUUGUUUUUUUCUCAUAUGUAAGCUGUUUUUGUCUAUGUAGGUGUGAAUGAUAAGCCCCUUUUCAGACAUUCAGACAGAGAUAACAUUCAUUAAUCUUUAAAGUGAGAAAACUAUGCCGUGCAGAUGUAUAGCGCUUUUGUUAAUGUUCCUUAAUUGAAGACGAGUAAAUUUUUGAAUGUUUAGUUCUCUCCAAUAGUGUAAAAAGGGGCAGGUUCUGUAUUUGUACUGCAUGGUGCUCCUUGGAGAGCUGUACCCUUUCCCUAACACAUCCACCCAGGGACAAACAUUUCUCUUCUGGAUCAGGAAAACCGCAUCAUAUACAAAUCUUCAAAUUAUAGUCGUUACUGAUUCAAGACACAUGCACAUUCACAGUCUUGCCAUUAUUGAAGAGAGACGAUCAACGUUCAGACAUGAAGCCGACAAGUUCAGUUGAUUAAUGGAAACAAUUGCAUGUCUGAAGCGGGGGGUUAGUGUGUUUGAGACCUCUGAACUUGAAGUUUUGUGUUCAUUUGAGUGGAGGUCAAACUUGUAUACUACUUGUAUGUGUGUAAUGCAGUGGCUCAGUGUGUGGGAGCUGCUGUGGAAUGUUCCGGCUUAUUAGGGUGGUAGGUAUUCCUGCUUUAUAUUGGACUGCAGUGUGAGUGGAUAUUAUAUAAAGUUAGGGAAGGAGAAAAAAUGUUUAUUUGCUGAGAAUCUUCCCCACAUGGACAGUUUUAUUCUCACCAGGACUGAGAAGUUCUCCUGGCUUGCAGGAAAACCACUGAGCCUGCACCAAACCCUCUGUUAUACAUAUCUCCCUAUUCUUGUUAGCCAAACCUUUGUCCCUCAACAUGUUAUAAGAGUCCCACCCCCAUAUACCUGUAAAUAAAUACAGUCCUACUCCACAGGUGCAUUCAGAGUCAACAGCAGUGUCUUUCUUUAGCCACAACUUUUUUUCUUACAUAAUGGUAAUAAAUGUUAUGUUCAGAUGAAGAGAAGUUAAUGGAGCCACUGUAGACUGUUAUCACACACCUCUGUGACUCAUUGUGUAUUUAAUUUAGCCCACGGGAUAGUCUGUACACAAUUUAAGGAGGGUCAUUGGUAAAUUACAUUAUUGUUGAUGCUUAUGGUUGUCGAGAUUAUAAUUAAACUGUACAAUAAAUGACUGCAAGUUCA